AUGUCUAGAGCUGCUACUGCCACGACUUAUUUUGAAGAAAACUCUCAAGAACAACAUAUUCGUCAAAGAUUAUCGAAAACAUUUCAGAAAACUAUGAUUCCAUUGUUUCAUCGUCGAAAAUCUUCAGCAAAUAUGUUUUAUUUGAUGCGAAAUUUACUAUUUAUACUAAUUCUGAUAACAUUUGUAUUAAUAUUAUAUUCAUCAUUGUCUUUGUCGCCUUUACUUCGCUUUCUUGAUCCAUAUUCUUAUGUGUUAGUAUUAGAUGCUGGUUCUACUGGUACACGACUUCAUGUCUACAAAUUUCGAUCAUCAACAGAUGAUGAGAAUGGUGAUACAUUUGUUUUAAAAAGUGAAAUAUUUAAAGAACAUAAACCCGGCUUAUCAUCAUUUGCUGAUGAAAUUUAUAAAGCUGAAGAACAAAUAAAUGAUUUAUUAAAAAUAGCUGAUCAAGAAGUUAGUCGAUUUAAACAUCGAAGUACACCAUUAGUUUUACGUGCUACAGCUGGUCUAAGAUUAUUAAAUGAAACAAAACAAAAACUUUUAUUAGAUAGUGUUGGAAUUACUUUUAACAAAUAUGGAUUUUAUCGGCCAAAAAUGGAUAUUGCUGUUAUGAAUGAAACAGAAGAAGGCAUUGAUGCUUGGCUCACGCUGGUUUAUCUUAAAGGUGAACAAUUUUAUGGAAGCCGUAUAGCUGCACUCGAUUUAGGCGGUGGUUCAACUCAAAUAACUUAUAAUCCAUCAUUAUCGAAUACAAGUUUAGCUGAAAAAUUAAAUUUAUUAUUAAAAGCUCAGCAACCCAUAGAGCCUGGAGAAGUAAAUGCAUUUCGUGAUUUAAGGAAUAAAGAGAAAAAGCAAAUGCCUAGAAUUGAUGUUAAUCAAGCUGAUUUUGAAGAAAUAAAACCAGCUAAAAUAGUUAAAAUUGGCGAUCAAUCAAAUAGUGAAAACAAACUAAGUGAAGAAGAAAUCUUAAUGAAACAUAUGCAUCAAUUUCGAAUGUUUCGCAGAGAUAUCAAACUUUAUUCACGCUCAUACUUAGGUUAUGGUUUAAUGAUUGCUCGUCAAACAAUAUUUAUCAAUGAAACAAAUGAUAAACAAUUAAUUGAAUCACAUCAAUUGAGAAGUCGAUGUUUUCUGAAUGAUAUUACAGGAAAAUUUAAAUUUCAAGAAAUUGUUUGGACUGUUCAAUCACAUCAAAAUGUAAAUUCUGAUGAACGUUUUUAUUCAUGCAUGGCAUUAAUUGAUAGUUAUGUUGGUUUAAAUGUUCAGACAGCUGUUGGUCUUGAUCAAAUGUCAAUAUACGUAUUUUCAUAUUUUUAUGAUAUUGCAAAUGAUGCUGGUCUUUUAUCAACUGAAGAUGAUUCAUCGUCAAUAACAAUGCUACCAAUAAGAGUAUUGAAACAAACAGCUAAAAAUGUUUGCAGUAGUAAAACAACAACAUCAAAAGAAUAUCCUUUCUUAUGUUUUGAUUUAACAUAUAUUUAUUCAUUAUUAACCAAAGGUUAUGGCCUAUCAGAAAAUACUCAAAUUCAUAUUUGUAAAAAAAUUCAACAAUUUGAAGUUGCUUGGUCUCUUGGUUUAGCAUUGAAAUUGUUAUAG